CCGGAAAAUGCCAAAAGCCACCGUAAACACGUCGCCGGCUCAUCCAUCUCUUCUCGCUGCCCACGGAUCUGAACUCAAACCCGAUAUUAGAUUCAGAGGAGUCAGAAAGAGACCCUGGGGUAGAUUCGCCGCCGAGAUUCGAGAUCCAUGGAAGAAAACCAGAGUUUGGCUCGGAACUUUCAACUCCGCCGUGGACGCCGCACGCGCUUACGACGCCGCCGCUCGGAAUCUCCGGGGACACAAAGCCAAGACCAAUUUUCCAUCGAAUAUGACGUCAUACCGUCAACACAACGCUAACGAUCUUCAUCCUUUCCGUCAGAAUCAAUACUCCGAUUACCAGACGGUUGUGCCACAAAAUCCGACGUGUAGCAGUUUGAGUAGUACUCUCGAGUCUAACAGUGGAUCUAGACCGCCGGUAAAGUCGGAUUUCGUUUUACCUCGCCGGAGACACCAUCCUCGGUCGCCGCCGGUGUUUCCAGAUGAUUGUCGUAGCGACUGUGAUUCGUCUUCAUCGGUGGUUGUUGACGGAGGCGAUGGCGGAGAAAUUGGUUGUUCAUCUUUCACAAAACCGUUUCAAUCGAUCGAUUUAAAUAUGCCGCCACCGUUGGAUGAAUUUGAGGUGGGGUUUUUGGUGGAUGAUCAUUGCACAACACUUCGACUCUGAAUUUGAGGGUUGAAAACGCAUUUGAUAACUCAAAAUCUAUACAAACAUGAACACAGAGAAGAUUAGGAUGCAAAAUGGGGGGUUUGUUUAUUCUUAAUAUUAUGAAUUAACCAUUGAUUAUCUCCGUUUACCCGACAUUUUAUUGGGUAAGAUAUCGAAAAUAAAUGAUAUUUUUUGUUA